AUGUUCUAUAAUUAAUAAAAUAAAGAUUUUAGUUAUUAACUUUAUUCUUUCAAAAGCUAAAAUAAUGAAUUAGUUCCUAUUACACUUAAAGGUAUUUAAUAUUAGUGUUAAAUUGUAAAUAACAUUCUAAAGACAAAUCUAACUUAAAGAUUUAUCAAUGAGUCUAAUUCAUACUAUUCUGAUUCUAUCUACUAUUUUCCAAUUGAAUAGGAUACAUGCUUACAGUCAUUUCAAGCUAAAUAUGAUAAUAAGAUUGUAAACGCUGUUGUAAAGGAAAAAAUGGAUGCUUUAGAUGAAUAUCAACAAAAUAAAAACUCUGGAAAUUUGGUUUUGUAUGCUGAAAAUUAAAAAAUCUAAAAUGAAUAAUACUGUAAAAUCUAACUUGGUAAUCUACAACCAAAUCAGCAAGUUGAAAUAAUAAUUACUUUUAGCUCACAAAUAAAUUGUAUGUUAAAUAAAUAUUAUGUUGCUAGAAUUCCUUUACAAUAUUGUGAGGAUGAAAUUUCAGUUAAAACGAGUAAAAAUCUUUUGACACUUGAUUUAUUUUGCACAGGUAGAAUUACUUAUGCAGAAUCUAGAGGACUUUAAACAGAAAAAUUGAUAAUUGAUGAAAAUAUAACAAAAUUUAAUCUAAAAUAAGCUAGUGCUUCAAAGGAUAUAGAUUUCUUUGAGCUGGUUUUCUAAUUCGAAGGAAUGUUUGAACCAUAAAUAAUUUUUGGAAAUACAAGAUUAUUUAACGAAGAGUAAGUUAAAAAGGAAAUUUUAGGUGAAAGACAUUCUGUUUUGAUUUCAUUUAUUCCAAAUUUUAACAAAGAUAUUUCAUGUGAAAUUGAUGAUUCUAUUAAAGCUGCUAUUAGUAGCGAAAAAGAUAUUUUUAGCGACGAAUUCUAAGAGACAGUGAAUUAAGAAUUGGUUGAUUAUUUAAGCUUAUCAAAAAGUGAGUUUAUCUUUCUUUUAGAUAGGAGUGCAUCAAUGGAGGGAUUACCUAUAAAAAGAGCUUGUGAAGCAUUAAUUCUAUUCCUAAAAAGUCUCCCAAACGAUAGCUAUUUUAAUGUACUUAGCUUCGGUAGUGAAUUUGAAAUGCUUUUCCCUUCAUCACGUAAAUAUAAUAAUUAAAACUUAGAAAUAGCUAUUAAAAUAAUCAGCAAUUAUACUGCUAAUUUACUUGGCACUGAAAUUUAUAAUCCUCUAAGCUGUAUUUAUACUAAGAAAAGAAUUUAGAAGUAUAAUAGACAAAUAUUUUUAUUGACUGAUGGACAUGUAUCGAACAGAGAUGAAGUUUUGAAUCUAAUAAAAAAAAAUAAUUAAUUUGACAGAGUUCAUACUAUAGGUUUUGGAUCAGACGCAGAUAAAUAUUUAGUAAAUAAAAGUGCUUUCUAUGGGAAGGGUAUUUCCAGAAUAGUAGAUUUUAAAUCCGAUUUAUCUAGAAUUGUACUAUAAAUGCUUUGCUAAAGUCUAACUCCAAUAUUUAUUGAUUUGAAGAUUAUAUACGAUACAUCUAUUAUAGAAUCAACUUAUCCUUGUAGCAAUAACCUACCUUUUGUAAUUAAAGAUGAAAUUGUAAAUAUUCACUUAUUUUUCAAACCAGGUGUAGACAUUUCAGACUUAAAUGAUGAAUAGAAAAAAAUAAUAAUAGAAUAUUAUGACUCUUGCUAAGAUAAAAUUAUAUAAAAGGAGCUAAGUUUAGUAAUUUAAGAUAGCUUUAAUAGCAACUUUGAAUUAUAAGAAGCUGUUUUUAAAAUAGGUAAGCAAUUAUUUUUGAAUGAAAAAAUGGUUUAAAGGAAACGAAUUGAUAAUAAACAAUUAUUUUUAAAUGAUGAAAGGACUUAAAGUAGACAAAUUGAUGAAUAUAUAUAACAAUCAAUUGAUUACUAGAUUUUAACCUAAGAAACUGCCUUAAUCUGUGUUGUUGAAACACUAGAUGAUUAACAAAAAGCAAAAUAUUAAGAUUUGUUUUACGAAUAAAAUGGUAUUCCCCGCAUUCCCCCAGCACCACCACUUUUUGCUUAAAAUAAUUAAUUACCUGAACCUAUCAUAUAUGUAACUUCUAAAGCUCCUCCUCCACCUCCAUUGCCACUCCAUUUCAUUUAAAAUAAUAUUCCGCUUCCGAUUAUAACACAACCCUUUUAAUAGAAAAAUCCUCCAGUAGUUUCGCUCUACUUAUCUCCUGAUGCCCCAAACUCGCCUCCACUUAGCCUUCCUUUAAUUAAUAAAACAUUACCAGUUUUUUUAAAUUAAAUUUUACCACCACCACCACCAGCUUUUUUAAAUUAGAUGUUGCCACCACCUCCACUUGGCUUACUUCUAAAUAAUUAACAAUCGUUGGUAGCUUAAUAACCCACUCAUCCUUAAAUCUUCAUAGAAAACUAUAAGUUUUAAAAUUAUAUUCCUUAAUGCCAAACUAAUAGUAAUAAUUUCGUUUCACAGAAUUGCAAAAUUUAGUAUAUUGAAAAUUAAGAUUAACCUGAGGAAUAUCCUUGUGAAAAAGAAUAUAAUAAUUUUUAAAAUAUGUAAUUAGAGGAUUUCUUAAGAUUAGCUGAUUCAUAAGGUGUUUGGAAAUUCAAUGAAAUUUUAAUUAACCAAUCUCUAGGCUUAGAAAAAAAUAUUUACGAAUAAAUGUGUUCAUAGUUUUUAACAAAUGAUGCUCUUAUGACUCUACUUAUGAUUAUCAUACUCGAAAUAAAAUUCAGUGAUUAAAAACCAAAAUGGCUGCUAAUUUCAAAAAAAGCAGUAAUUUUCAUAAAAUCCUAAAUAAAAUAAUAAUAUGAUUUGUAAACAUUAAAGUAGAGAAUAAUCUAAUAAGUAGUAUAAUAAUGA